CUGAAUUCCUGCCUUCGGUCUCAGUGGUUUCCAUCAUGCUGCUGCUGCUGUGCGGAGCUCUGGCAGUCGGAGGGUACUUCCUCCUUCACAUGACUGUCCUCAAGCUGCCCAGGUGUCAAAGUGCAGCAAAGCUUCAUGGGAAAACUGCCGUCGUCACCGGAGCAAACACCGGCAUCGGUAAGACCACGGCCAUGGACCUGGCCAGGAGGGGGGCCAAGGUGAUCCUGGCCUGCCGGGACAGACGGAGAGCUGAAGCUGCUGUCCAGGAAAUCAUCCAGGAAACAGGAAACCAGCAGGUGAUCUUUAUGCAACUGGAUCUGGCCAGUCUGCAGUCGGUUCGUUCCUUCGCCGAUAACUUCCUGAAGUCCGAGUCCAGGUUGGAUCUGCUCAUCAACAACGCCGGUCUAAUAAGUGAUGGAAAGACGGAGGACGGCUUCGGGAUGAUCUUCGGCGUCAACCACCUGGGUCACUUCCUGUUGACGGUGCUGCUGUUGGACCGGCUGAAGGCCAGCGGGCCGAGCCGGGUGGUGAACGUCUCCUCCGGAGCUCACAAGCAGGGGAAAGUGGAUUUUAACUGCCUCACGACUCACAAAGAUUCGAGUUUGGGUUCCAGCUACUUCCAGCUCUACCAGAAGUACUGCAACAGCAAACUGUGCAACAUCCUUUUCACCUACGAACUCGCCAAGAGGCUGCAGGGCUCCGACGUCACCUGUUACAGCCUCCAUCCUGGAUUCAUAAAGACGGAGAUCGCUCGGUACUACAGCCUCUGGUUUCAGCUGCUCUUCGCUCCCCUCGUCUGGCUUUUAGCUGCUGAUGCUGAUUCUGGAGCUCAGACCAGCCUCCACUGUGCCCUGGAGCCAGGCAUCGAACACCUCAGUGGGCACUACUUCACCCAGUGUGCCCCUCUGACCACCAUCGACCCCAAGGCCAGGGACGACGCCACCUCCAGGAAGCUGUGGGAACUCAGCCAGACGUUCUGUGGUCUGUCCUAAAACCUGGAGCCACAGAUCCAGACGUUAGACACCGACAGCAAUGAUUGUAUGGGAAAAAAACCCCCCAAUUAAAAUCUUAUAUUUUCA